CGUUCGUUGUCUUUUCUCCCUUGCAAGGUUUCCUCAGGAGAAAGUCCAAUUCAGAGCUCGUCUGCUGUCUGAGGAAGCAGAAUGCCUUACUGAAGAUCCUGGUUCAGUUUUCUCGUCAACACUCAGAAGAUAAUAAGCUACUUGAGAGAUUCCUCACUGUUGGAACAGCUUUACUGGAAAAGUGUCAGCAGCUCAUGGCCAACAACAAUAAGAUUGAUGUGCUGUCAGAGCAGCUAAGUGAGAAAGAAGUAAAUGAGAUGGACGCAGACUCCACUACAGAUGAAUGGGCCUCACCCAACACCACAAUUGAUCUCCAAAACUGCCUCUGUGAUGCCUUGGAGAAGAACAAGCAGUGGCUGGAAUAUGACCAGCAGAGAGAGGCCUAUGUGAGGGCAAUUCUGGCCAGAAUGUUAUGGCUGGAGAAGCAGCUGAACGAAGCAAAUCAGGCCCGCUCACAGCAGCACAAUGAGGACCAUUCAGAUGAGAAGGAGCAGAUGAGGCAGAUGCAGAAGUAUUAUGAAAGUCUGUUACAGAGGGCCAAAGACCAGCUGGAUGUGCUCAGGAAGGAGCUCGACAUGGCCCAGCAUAACUUGAUAAUGACCCAAAGUUGGUGCAAGGAAAGGGAGAGUGAGGUGGAUGAGCUCAAGCAACAGCUGCAGACUGAAAAUAUGAACAGAGAAAGUACACAGGAAGAUCAUCAUUACUCUGAGGAUGAAGAGCACUGGCUGACUGCUGUGACUGAAGACCUUCAGUACAGACUGGAUGAGGAGGAGCGCAAGUCAGCUAGCUCUGAGCUGCAGUCCACUCCCUUUGAAAAGUUUCUGUUGGAUCGUCACCGUGCUGACCAGGAAAGGAUUGCAGACCUAGAGCGACAGAUCAAGAUUUCUUCGCAAGACCUUGAGGAUGAGAAACAGGACUGUUUGUAUUUACAGAAGCAAAUGGUCAGGAUUCUGAAGACGCUAAAACCUAAAGACCAUGUGACGAAGCAGUCGAAGAGAGACCGGCAGGAUUGCACCUCGUGUGAAGAGGCAUACCCACCCUCCCUGCGCUCCAGAGAUAGCCUUACAUCCUCCACUCACAGCAGCUCGCUGAAUGAAAGCUUCCUGGAGUGUCCCGGCUGCUGGUCCCAGUAUCCUGCCAGUCACCAUAGAGAACUGAUGACCCACCUUGAAGUCUGUCUGGACUAACCAGGGGUACAAGUUAUCUGAAUAAACUACAGUUGUGAGUUGCAGAGGUGCUUAUGAUUAUUUUAAAUUAACCCACAAAGCUUUGGUUGGCUUUAAAGUUCUUCCUCACUCAAUUUUUUAGCUAUGUUAGUGGUUCUGUAGAUAUACAAAGUCCCUAAAGGAUACUGCUAAUGACUCAUCCAGUGAAAUAUCUCAACAUAUAUGAGAUGUAUUGACACAGCAUUUGUUACAGACAUUCAUGGUCCCCACAGGAUGAAUCUUACUUUGCCUCUACCACAACCAUGAAGUUCACAUUUUUGAUUUUGGGUCAAAUAUCUUGAUAAUUAUUGGAUUGAUUGCCUUGAAAAUUAAAUUCUACUGAAUUUGGUGGUUCCUUGACUUUUCGUUUCACAUAAUUUCCAGCUCAAAAUUUUAUUGUGCCCAGUAAUUUGGUUUAUGACAUUAUACCUGCAAAACCAAUGACAUUCCCAUCAGCCUCAGCUGCACUUAGUGCUUACUGCUGAUUAGCAAAUGUUAACAAGCUAACAGGCUUAGACGGUGGUAAUUAUUUCCUGCUAAACAGCAUGUUAUCAACAUGUGAACAUACUGAUGUUUGCAUUUAGCUCAAAGUGCUGCUGUUCCCACAGAGCUGCUAGUAUGGCUGUAGACUAUACCAUUUUGUGAAUCCUGGUAUAGUGAAGGAAUGAUCCGCCCUACGCUCCAUGUGAUUGGCUACUACUUGUUGCCUUCGUUAGUUGGAUUGGUUAGGUUUAGGCAGGAGCAAUGGGAUUGGCUAAGGAUUAGGGUGAGAAUGUCAGUAAGCCAACAAGGGUUUGGCGACCCCUAUGGGACCCUCUGUGUUACUGCAGGGGGGCCAUACAAUUAUUGUUUGAUAUAUUUUUCUGUUUAUUUGUUUUCUGAAAUCAAAAUAUGUCAGGAAAAUACCCAUAUUCAUACCCAUAUUUGUUAAGUGAAAUUUUCUAUUUGUUAUAAAAAAAAACCUUUAUACAUCAGUGAUAGGCUAUCUGUUGCCCAUGAAUCCUUGUCCAAUAAAUUCAUGAUGUAUAAAAUAUGAAUCUGUUAGUAAUAAUAUUUUAAUACUUUGUAUUGUAUGCACUGUAUAAAGGUAUGUUUAUAUUUGGCUCUUUAGACUGCCCUACAUGCGCUACAUGUUAUUGUAGACCCAGUUUAUUAUGCAACUCAAUGUUAUACAUGAAGUAGGGCGCUUCAUCUCUCCUUCA